AUGAAAUGUGGUGUACCACAAGGUUCUAUUUUGGGACCAUUGCUGUCCUUGUUGUACAUCAACGACUUACCCGAGUGUCUUAAAAAUACAAGACCUCGGCUAUUUGCUGAUGAUACAAACCUCACAGCCUCUAGUCACUCCAUAACUGAUAUUGAGAUUGCAGUAAAUUCUGAUCUAGAGAACCUUAGGAACUGGUUAAUGGCUAAUAAACUUAGCUUGAAUGUCGCUAAAACAGAAUUUAUGUUCAUUGGCUCUCCACAAAUGAUAAGAAAUUCUUCAAAUUCUCAACCAAAUAUUUAA